AUGACUGCAUCUACAAUAUCGGGCAAAUGUUUAUGCGGUCAAAUAUCUGUCUCUGUUCCACAAGCUGCAUUCCAUAAAACUGAAAAUAUCGGUCUGUGUUAUUGUAAAAAUUGUCGUCAAAGUGGUGGUUGUCUAGCAUCGUACAAUCUCCAUCUAGCAGAAAGGGAUGUUAAAGUACAAGGUCAACCAAAAAUUUAUCAUGACAACAAUACAGAUAGUGGCACAACACUAGAACGUGCAUUCUGUAAUGAUUGUGGUUCACCAAUCUAUCAUAUAAAUCCAAAGUUUAUUGGUCUAAUUGCUGUGAAAUUGGGUAUCUUCGAUCAACUACCAAAACCUGGUAUGGCUCUCUAUUGUAAAGACCGCCCACACUGGAAUAAAGCAAUUGAUGGUGUAGAAGAACACGAAGAUAUGCCAAAACUGACAGAGCAUUUCAAAAUGUGGUUGCAAAAAUUAUACGAUGGAUCCAUUUAG